UAAAACAAACACAAUACAGUCAUUUCCUUCUAUUUCCUCUUUUUCCCAUUUAAAGGAGGAACCAUCUCAAGCACCACCACCUCCACCCAGAGGCUUCUACAUUUAUGGAGAUGUUGGCACAGGGAAGACCAUGCUCAUGGACAUGUUUUACUCCCUGGUGGAAAACCCUCGCAAGAAGAGAGUCCACUUCAAUGGCUUCAUGUUGGACAUCCACAAAAGGAUCCAUCGGAGGAAACAAAGCCUGCCAAAACGGAGGCUAGGGAAAAUGUUCACCUAUGACCCCAUAUCGCCGGUUGCCAUGGAGAUCAGCAAUGAAACCUGCCUCCUGUGUUUUGACGAGUUUCAGGUAACGGACAUCGCUGAUGCCUUGAUCCUAAAGCAGCUGUUUGAGACCCUGUUUAAGACCGGGGUGGUGGUAGUGGCCACCUCCAACAGACCCCCCGCAGAUCUGUACAAAAACGGACUUCAGAGGGACACCUUUCUACCUUUCAUCGACGUGCUCAAGGAGUACUGCCACGCGGUCAGCCUGGACUCCGGGAUCGACUACAGGAGGCUGGACAAAGCUGAAGCGGGGAAACUCUACUACCUCACAGAGGAGCCCGGUGCGGAGGCCUUCCUUGAUGCACUGUUUGAGGAGCUGGCUCUUACUCAAAAAAGUGUAACAGGCCCUCGGCUGCUCACAGUGCUGGGCAGAGACGUGACUUUGGAAAAGACCUGUGGCUCCAUCGCUGACUGUACUUUUGAAGAGCUGUGUGGCAGACCUCUUGGUGCCAGUGAUUACCUGGAAAUGGCUCGGCUCUUUGACACCGUAUUCAUCCGCCAUGUUCCUCUGCUCACACUGAGCCUGAAGGACCAGGCCAGGCGCUUCACCACCCUGAUAGACAACUUCUACGACAACAAGGUGAGGGUAGUGCUGCUGGCGGAGGCUCCUGUCGAGCGGAUGUUUGCCCACAGCGGAGGGGAGGAUGAGAGGGACAGACAACUGCUGGAUGAUCUCGGCCUGAGCGGGGAUGCAGCGGAGCGUCUCACCCUGUUCACAGCCGAGGAGGAGAUCUUUGCCUUCCAGAGGACCGUCUCCAGACUGACCGAGAUGCAAACAGAGUUGUACUGGAUGGAGGGAGACCGCAGACACUGCAAAAAACAUGUGAACACUUAACACCUACUGCUGAUUGCUAGACAAACAUAUACCUCUGGACAACACGGUACCUCAUUAACUUCUAACACAGCGUAAGAGCAGUUCCUGUUUAGCAGAAUAAGAAAUAAUAAGUCAUAUUACAUCAAAGAAACACCUGAUAUAUAUAUAGAAUUGUAAGUAUGCUAAACAAGAUGCCCUGUUUGGCUUGGGAUCUGACUUUCCUUCAUGUAAAGUUUGUGUCUUCUUGUUCUCGUGUUUGGUCCUCUUUUAUGAGGUGUGCUCUCUCCCCCUUGUGGACUAUUAAAUGAAAAAAGACCUCCCGAGCAUGAGUGAACCUCAAAACAAACAGGUGCCUACAUCAGGCAGAGAAAGCAGGCAGUGUCCCUCAGAGCAGUCAGCUACCGCCCUCUUGUGGCUGAAUGUGAAAAGGUAAAACUAUUCUGAAGCUCCUACUGUCCUUGUGAAUUAUUUAUCCAUACUGUCUGUGUGGUUUUGAUGAAACCUCAACUGGUAGUAAUUUAAAACGUUAUAGUUAUUGUUUUCAUGUAUUAAAUUAAUGAAACUACACCAACACUGUACUGUAUGUUACAAUAUGAAAGAGAAAUUUGGCUCAACUGUAUUAUGCAAACUGUACAUUUGAAUAAAAUAAAAUAAUAAACAUAAUCUUUUGGUGAAGAUGCAA